AUCAAACUCGAAUAUCUUUGUUCCGAGUUUGGCCCUUGAACUUUGAACCUACUGCGACCUUGAUGGGGUACAUGUGAAAACGCCGUGCUCCUCCACCUUCUUAUUGUGUACUGUACUGUAAAUAAUCGGAUAAACCCGGGUAUAAGUAAUGGCUAAAUAUCUUGCGCAGAUCAUUGUCAUGGGGGCGCAGGUGGUAGGACGGGCGUUUGCACGUGCAUUGCGGCAAGAAUAUGCAGCCAGUCAAGCUGCAGCGGAGGCCAGGGGCCGUGCCGGCCAGCAGUCAGCAGCAGCCUCUAGUCUCACUGGGAUGACCUUACAGGAGGCCCAGCAGAUCCUCAAUAUCGCCACGCUCACCCCUGAGGAGCUCCAGAAGAACUAUGAACACCUUUUUAAAGUCAACGACAAGGCAGUGGGCGGCUCCUUCUAUCUACAGUCCAAGGUGGUGAGAGCGAAGGAGCGUCUAGAUGAGGAGCUCUCUAUUCAGACACAGGACAGUCAACCCAAACCCUCAGAGCAGAAACAACAGACUCCAGAAACAUGAACCGUCCCUACCCCGCCCACUGUAAAUUACACCCUCAAUAAAAGCCUUCUCCUUUUCUCAA